AUCAGCUUAUGCACAUUGCAGGUUAGGCCGUUUAUAAGCCAAACAACAAAAGUAAGUUACCAUUCAAUUCCACCAUAUCCAUCAUUUUUUUCAUUCUCUCUUAUUGUACAUUACAUCUUUGUUUUAAUUUCCUGAAAAAUAUUUGUUUAUUUUUUAUUUAUUAGUCAUUGCCAUCUUAGUUAGAUUUGACCGUUAACGAGGAAGUUAACCCCUCGAUCUUCCCCACCCAACAACAUCACUUUUUAGGGUUUUUUUCCCAUUUGUCCCAAAGCUUAGGUCUAAGUCCUUUUACCUUAAAAAAAAAAAUCUUUUUUUUUGGGUUUCAGGGUUGUUCAUCAAAUUGGGUAUUUUCCCCUCUUUGAAGAAAAAUGUUAAACCCUUGAGGGUACACGUACAUACCAAAUUUCAGUGAAAUUUUUUUACUGAUUCGGUUUUCACUGUGCUUUGGGGGAUUCAGAAUCAGCAUUUCGCGUAGCAAUCUCGUAGGUUUUGAGCAUAGUGAGUGAAGUUCUCAGCUGCUUCCACUUCUCCGAGAUUCAAACCUGGGUUGUUUAUUUAAUUGAAUUUGCAGAGAGCAGAGUGGGAAAGAGACUGUUUUUAGUGUAAAAGAAGAGAUUUUUUGAAGAUGAUUGCCGAGAAACCUAGUUGGGUUAGGCAUGAGGGCAUGCAAAUUUUCUCCAUUGAUGUUCAACCUGGUGGGCUCAGGUUCGCUACUGGUGGUGGUGACCACAAGGUUCGCAUAUGGAAUAUGAAGUCCGUUAGUACUGACAUAGAAAAUGAUGCCUCUUCUCAAAGGCUUCUUGCAACCCUGAGGGAUCACUUUGGUUCUGUCAAUUGUGUUAGGUGGGCUAAACAUGGAAGGUAUGUUGCGUCGGGAUCUGAUGAUCAGGUGAUAUUAGUUCAUGAGAGAAAGCCUGGUUCAGGAACCACUGAAUUUGGCAGUGGAGAGCCCCCAGAUAUUGAAAACUGGAAAGUCGCAAUGACUUUGAGAGGGCACAAUGCAGAUGUGGUGGAUCUUAAUUGGUCUCCUGAUGAUUCUGCAUUGGCUAGCGGGAGUUUGGACAACACUAUCCAUGUAUGGAAUAUGAGCAAUGGCAUUUGCACUGCUGUUCUAAGGGGCCAUGCUAGCCUGGUUAAGGGGGUUGCUUGGGAUCCUAUUGGCUCAUUUAUUGCAAGUCAAUCUGAUGAUAAAACUGUAAUUAUUUGGCGAACUAGUGAUUGGAGUCUUGCCCAUAGGACAGAUGGUCACUGGGCAAAAUCACUUGGAUCAACCUUUUUCAGGCGGCUUGGAUGGUCUCCUUGUGGUCAUUUUAUCACCACUACUCAUGGUUUCCAGAAGCCAAGGCAUUCUGCCCCUGUGCUGGAGAGAGGGGAAUGGUCUGCAACAUUUGAUUUUCUAGGACAUAAUGCUCCCAUCAUUGUGGUUAAGUUCAACCAUUCUAUGUUCAGAAGGAAUAUGACUAAUUCUCAGGAAGUUAAGGCUGUACCUGUUGGGUGGACCAACGGUGCUUCCAAGACUGGAAGCAAAGAGCCACAGCCUUACAAUGUUAUUGCCAUUGGAAGUCAGGAUCGGACUAUAACAGUUUGGACUACUGCAAGUCCCCGUCCUCUAUUUGUGGCCAAGCAUUUUUUUACUCAAAGUGUUGUGGAUUUGUCCUGGAGCCCUGAUGGAUAUUCACUUUUUGCAUGUUCCUUGGAUGGAUCUGUGGCUACAUUUCAUUUUGAGGUAAAAGAACUUGGUCAGAGAUUAGGUGAUGGUGAGCUAGAUGAGUUGAAAAGAAGUCGUUAUGGUGAUGUGAGAGGUCGUAAAGCAAAUUUAGCAGAAAGUCCAGCACAGUUACUGCUAGAAGCAGCUUCUGCCAAGCAAACAUCAAGCAAAAAAGUUGUUUCUGAUGUUCAACAAAAUCAAACUAUAGCAAAGGCUUAUGUUGAUGCAGGGGUUGCUACAAAGAAUGCUGAACCUCAAAAUGAUGAUGCUAAGAAAACUGGAGGUCCAUCUGGUGAUGGGUCAAACAAAGUUACAACCUCUGGCCGAAUUUCUAGUCCUGUUAAGCAAAGAGAAUAUAGACGACCUGAUGGCCGUAAAAGAAUUAUUCCAGAAGCAGUUGGAGUGCCUGCUCCGCAGGAAAGCAUUUUGGGUGCAGUUCAGCACGCAAUUGAUUUUCCUAUUACGUCUUCCGAUCUUAAAAAGGGCACUGAUCAUGCUGUUUAUAAUGAUGAUAGCAUAAGAGUAAGUACUGUGGGAGGAGCACAUGGCAGAAAUUCCGAUUUAAAAGAGCGUUCUGGGGUUACUGCUAGGGCCACAAUUUCUGAUAGCCUAGUGAUUGAGAAGGUUCCAGCUACUGCUGGUGAUGGAAACAUCAAUGUUGAGCAGUUGGGCAAUUUGAUGACUUCUAGUUCUUUAGCUGCUUGCAGUGCUACACUUUCCCUUAGAGUAUUUGAUAAGAAAGGUGGGGAAGACUCUUCCCCUAUUCUUUUGGAAGCACGUCCAAGAGAACAUGCUGUAAAUGACAUUGUAGGGAUGGGAAAUACAUCCUUGAUGAAAGAAACAGAAAUUAUGUGCUCAAGGGGUCCUCAGACACUCUGGUCUGAUAGGAUAUCAGGAAAAGUCACUGUCUUAGCUGGCAAUGCAAAUUUCUGGGCAGUUGGGUGUGAAGAUGGAUGUUUACAGAUUUACACCAAGUGUGGGAGACGAGCAAUGCCUACCAUGAUGAUGGGUUCUGCAGCAACAUUUGUAGACUGUGAUGAGCGUUGGACACUACUGCUGGUGACAAGAAAAGGAUCCCUUUACUUGUGGGAUUUAUUCAACCGAACCUGUCUCCUUCAAGAUUCAUUGACUUCUCUAGUUGGUUCAAGUCCUAACUCAUCAGCUAAAGAUGCAGGAACUAUUAAAGUUAUAUCUGUGAAAAUAUCAAAAUCUGGUUCCCCUCUUGUUGUGUUGGCCACUCGCCAUGCUUUUCUAUUUGACAUGAGCAUCAAGUGUUGGCUGAGGGUUGCUGAUGAUUGCUUCCCUGCAUCAAAUUUUGCCAGCUCCUGGAGUUUGGGUUCUAUUCAAAGUGGUGAGCUGGCAGCAUUGCAGGUUGAUCUUAGAAAAUAUCUGGCCCGAAAACCAGGUUGGACUAGAGUUACUGAUGAUGGAGUACAAACACGUGCUCAUUUGGAAACUCAAUUGGCUUCUUCUUUGGCUUUGGGAUCCCCCAACGAAUAUCGCCAAUGCCUGUUGUCAUACGUGCGGUUUCUUGCAAGGGAAGCUGAUGAAUCUCGUUUACGAGAAGUCUGUGAGAGUUUCCUUGGACCUCCAACAGGGAUGGCUGAGGAAGCAUCUUCAUAUUCAAAUAACUUAGCAUGGGAUCCUUUUGUGCUCGGAAUGAGGAAACACAAGCUCCUUAGGGAAGACAUUCUUCCAUCCAUGGCAUCAAACAGAAAAGUCCAGAGAUUGCUUAAUGAAUUCAUGGAUCUGUUAUCUGAAUAUGAGAUUGUUGAUGCUAAUCAAGAGCAAAGAAAUCCCCCAUUACCGAAGUCAUCUUCAGCCGCAACCAAUCCAAUUGAGAGCAGUUCAUUUGCAACAGAUCAAGAGGACACUGCGCCACCAAAUUUGGAUCACAAGUAUUCUUCUGACCAUGCACUCAUAAAUGAUCAGGACCAUGCCAAACAGGAAAAAGAACAACCAAAGUUUCCUCCAUUCACAAAUGAAGCUAGCUCAGAUACCCCCAUGAUUGAUCAAGUUAACCAGGAUGCACAAGUAAAGGAACGUUUCUAACUGGUGCAUCUUCCUAUAGAAGGUAGUGUUCAGAAUACUAGUGUAUUGACAAUGUAUGUUAAAGUGGCAUGGAAGAAUCCAAUUUCACGUUUUACUUCUGAUGCAUGUGUCGUACCCGCCAUAGAAAACAAUGAUAAGCUCUCUGCUGACACUAACACACACUACAAAUGUUGGAAAGUACCAUUAGAUGUACUGUACUUAAUGUCUCAUCUAUAGCUUUCUCCCAUCAACUUGAGCUUGAUUCUUGUAAAAUGUCGAGUAUAGGAAAUUAGAGUUCUUUUGGUUCAUUGUAACGGAGACUCCACGUUUUACUAGAUGCUGUUAAAUCACAAAAUUUAGUGUUAAUUUCGUUUAACAAUUGUUGAUUAUGCUAUGUUUCUGUGCAAUUGGAUCAUGGCAGCCAUAGGCAAAUGUGACGGGUAUAUAUGUGAAUGUUAACCUUAUUUUCUU